AUGUGUUGCCCGUCAAUAAGCUGCUUAUCGUUGCUGGUGAAUAACAUUGCUACCAGAGACCACGGCGAGUCGGUUGGAAAAGCUGGAGUUUUGGCAAUGGCAUACUGGUUUCACGGAAAUCAACGGUUCAAGAACCAGCAAAGCUUUGCUGAGAGGAAAGAAGAAUCGGCUCUUAUGCGCUCCAAAUACCCUCAGAGGAUUCCGGUUAUUGUAGAGCGCUAUCCCGGCGAGAAGUACUUAAGUAACUUGGACAGGAAUAAAUAUUUGGCUCCCCACGACGAACUAAUGGGCUAUUUCGUUUCUUUCAUCAGGAACCGGUUAGCUCUGAAACCCAGUCAAACUUUCUACCUGGUGGUGAAGAGGAGAACCCUCACCAAUAUGUCUGCCACCCUCGGAGAACUGGACCAGGAAUUCAGGGAUUCUGAUGGCUUCCUCUACUUCUACUACGUGUCUCAGGAGAUGUUUGGUACAAGCUAGAGAGGAUCGGAUAUGAUUUGGAGUAACAUCUGGAACAGAAAACUCGAUUUGAUAUUGCCUUGACACUGUAGGAAUUAAGUUUAGCAGGUGAAAAUUUCACUAUUGGGAAUGGUUAUGGUGGACACUGGUUUUUAUUAAGCUAAUUUUGUUUUAAUGAAUCACUAAAAUUGCCCUGUAGAGGUGGUGUACUGAUCCAGGGAAAAGGAGAUUCGGCAUAAGUAAAUUAAACAGAUGGGCACAGGUUGGUAUUGCUGCAACCCUAAUGUCCACGUUACUAACUUGAAUGUUCUACCCACGAGACUUGAGUCCGGAGAAAGAGUGAA